AUCUAGAUGCAGGAAUAAUUUCUUGUACUAGACAUUUGCCUCACUCAACCAUGAAGCUCCCAGUAUCUGAGCUUCACUCAGUAAAUAGCCCACCACAGAGGACCACCGGUACCAAGAAGGUACUGAUGCUUGCCUCGAUGCCGGUUCUCCUAGCUGCGAUCCCCCUAUAUUUGUUCGUCACUGGCCCGCGUCUUGAUGUCCCAUCAUCUCGGGAGUUGGAGAUCAGCACCGGCAUUUCGAAUAGAACAGAGCAAGUGGACAAGAGAUGCGAUGUAUUUAGAGGAAAGUGGGUUCAUUACCCGGAUGGCGUGUACUACACUGUCGCGACUUGCCCUUCAAUCAUCGAUCAGCGCAACUGCCUGAAGUUGGGGAGGCCCGACACCGAGUUCUUGAAGUGGCGGUGGAAGCCUGAUGAAUGCGAGCUGCCUCGGUUCGAUGCGGGCCAGUUCUUGGAGAUGGCUCGAGGGAAAUCGCUCGCGUUUGUGGGGGAUUCGGUUGGGAGGAACCAAAUGCAGUCACUGCUCUGCCUCCUGGCCAAUGUGGAAUUUCCUGAGAAAAUAUCUUACAAUUACUCACUAGGCACAGUAAUCUUCGAAAGGUGGUACUUCUCAGAUCACAAGUUCACACUAGCCACAUUCUGGGCUCCAUUCUUGGUGAAGUCCAGAGAUGCAGACCCAGAUGGUCACUCCUUCAACAGCAUCAUGAGCCUCUACUUAGACGAGCCCGAGCCAUCUUGGGUAUCCGAGAUUGCAAAUUUCGACUUUGUCGUCAUCUCGGCCGGCCAAUGGUUUUUCCGGCCUCUGAUGUUCUGCGAAAAGGGUGAAGUCGUUGGUUGCAGCUCUUGCAAGCUGAACAACAUCACCGACCUCACCAAGUUUCACGGUUAUAGAAUGGCCUUUCGAACCGCCUUUAGAGAACUCCUAAGUCAAAAAGCCUAUAAUGGCAUGACGUUUUUGAGGACGUUCUCUCCUGCGCACUUUGAGAACGGCACAUGGAACACCGGAGGGAGCUGCACAAGGACGAGGCCGUUCACGAGCGGAGAGGCCAAGAUCGAGGGGGAGGAUUUGGAGUUCUACUUGACCCAAGUGGAGGAGUUCAGGGCGGCCCAGAGGGAGGGAAUCAAGAGGGGCCUGACAUUUAGGUUGCUGGACACUACCGAGGCAAUGAUCCAGAGACCCGAUGGGCACCCAGGCCAUUUCGGGCGUAUGUUGCUGAGAAACGUGACGAUGGCCGAUUGCGUGCAUUGGUGUCUGCCGGGUCCUAUCGACUUGUGGAACGAGUUCUUGUUUCACAUUAUGAGGUCGGAAAGUUGAGAAUCUCUUCGGGGGCAGACGCAGAAGAGUGCACGAUGAGGGAAAACCGCAGAUUGUUUGUUCUAGACGUAGCAGAAUAUAUCCCAACCUAUUGUUCUGCAUUCAUCUUUAAAACCCCUCUGCGAUAGUUACACACGACAUAACUGGUGUUACGAGAAAAUGCAGAACUAAAGCAACGUCCAAUUGGACCGAAGAACGAUUCUCACUUGUUAUUAGAAUAAACAGUUUGGUUCAUGAAAAA